AUGAAGAGAAAUGGAGAGCCAUAUUUAAAUGGAAAUUCUAAAAGGUUAAAAACAGAUGAAUCAGAUUCUUCUGAAGAUGAAGAGUCAGUAUUAUUUGAUAUACCUAUUUCAAAUUCAAAUAAAUGGCAAGAUACUAUUAAAAAAGUUGUAAAUUCAGUUGUUUCGAUUCAAUUUUCACAUGUUGCACCAUUUGAUACAGAAACAGCUAUAGUUAGUGAAGCCACGGGGUUUAUAGUGGAUGCAGAGAAUGGGUUAAUUUUAACAAAUAGACAUGUUGUUGGACCAGGACCUUUUACUGGAUAUAUUGUUUUUGAUAAUCAUGAAUCUGUUGAUGUUAAACCAAUUUAUCGUGAUCCAGUACAUGAUUUUGGAUUUUUAAAAUUUGAUAUAAAAGAAGUUAAAUAUUUAGAAUUAACAAAAUUAGAUUUGGAACCUACCCUUGCAAAAGUUGGAACAGAAAUAAGAGUUGUUGGUAACGAUAAUGGAGAAAAACUUUCAAUUUUAGCAGGUAUUAUAUCAAGAAUAGAUAGAAAUGCUCCAGAUUAUGGUGCUUUAACAUAUAAUGAUUUCAAUACAGAAUAUAUUCAAGCAGCUGCUUCAGCUACUGGUGGAUCCUCGGGAUCUCCAGUUGUAAAUGAAGAUGGAAAAUGUGUUGCAUUACAAGCUGGUGGAUCAACUGAAGCUUCAACUGAUUUUUUCUUACCUGUAAAUAGACCAAAAAGAGCUUUAGAAUGUAUACAACAAAACAAAACCAUAACAAGAGGUGAUAUACAAGUGGAAUGGGAAUUAAAACCUUUUAAUGAAUGUUCAAGACUUGGAUUAACUGCUGAAGCUGAAAAGAACGCAAGAAAAUUAUUCCCAGAUAAAAUUGGGUUGUUAGUGGCAGAAAUAGUAUUACCAGAAGGACCAGCGGAUGGGUUAAUCAAAGAAGGUGAUACAUUAAUUUCAAUAAAUGGAGAAAGUAUCUCGACUUUUGUAAGAGUGGAUGAAAUAUUAGAUGAAAAUGUUGGUAAAGAAUUAGAGUUUGUAGUACAAAGAAGUGGAAUUGAAUUGAAGCAAACUAUAAGAAUUGGUGAUUUACAUAACAUAACGCCCAAUAAAUUUGUUCAAGUUGCGGGUGGUUCAUUUAAUGAUCUUUCUUAUCAAGUUGCUAGAUGUUUUUGCUUACCUGUUAGAGGACUCUAUGUAAGUGAUGGAGCAGGAUCAUUUGAAUUUUCAAAUCAAGAUACCUUAGGAUUUAUUAUUGAAACUAUAGAUGAUAAAACUGUAAAUAAUUUAAAUGAAUUUGUUGAGAUAAUGAAACAAUUACCUGAUUGUUCAAGAGUACCAGUCACUUAUCGUCAUGUUUCAGAUAUGCAUGCAGAAUAUGUUCAAACUAUAUAUAUUGAUAGACAUUGGUAUACAUCUUUUAAAUUGGCUACUAGAAAUGAUGAAACAGGAUUAUGGGAUUUUAAAUCAUUACAAGAAAAACCAUUACCACCACCACCACAAGUUGCCCAAAAAGCAAAAUUCAUAGAUAUACCAGGUCAAGACAAAAAAGAACUUUCAAAAUUAGUAAGAUCAUUUGUUCAAAUACGAACCCUUUGUCCAAGCGGAGUUGACUCACACCCAUUCAAAAAAGAUAUAUGUUACGGUGUCGUUAUAGAUGCUGAAAACGGGUUUGUUUUAACUUCAAGAAGAUUUGUUCCUCAUUAUAUGUGUGAUAUAUUUGUUGUAUUUGCAGAAUCUAUAGAUGUUUCGGGAGAAGUUGUAUUUCUACAUCCACAAUUAAAUUAUGCCAUAAUAAAAUAUGAUCCAAAAUAUGUUCUUGCAGAUGUUCAAGCACCAAAAUUUUCAUCAACACCAUUAAAAAGAGGAGAUGAUUUAUUCUUUGUUGGUUAUAAUUAUAAUUUAAGAUUGAUCACCGAUAAUGUAAAAGUCAGUUCGAUAUCAUCAUUAAAUGUUACUGCCAAUGGAGUAGCUCCGAGAUAUAGAGGUACAAAUUUAGAAUGUGUUUUACUAGAUAGCAAGAUUACUCAUGAAUGUAACACUGGUAUGUUGGUAGAUUAUGAUGGAACCUUAAGAGCAUUCUGGCUUUCAUAUUUAGGUGAAUCAAAUGAACAAUCUUAUAAAAUGGGUUUAGACGUGACUGAUGUUUUAGAUGUCAUAAAAUCAUUACAAAAAAAUAUAAUACCGAAGAAUAUCAGAAUGUUAAAUGUUGAAUUUGCUUCAGUUACUGUUUUCCAAGGUAGAACUCGUGGUGUCCCACAAGAAUGGAUUGAUAAAUUUGAAGAAGAAGCAGAAGAUCAAAUCAAAUUUUUAUCAGUUGAUAGAGUCGCUGCGGGUCCUCCAAAUCCUUUAAAAGUUGGUGAUAUAGUUUUAUCAAUCAAUGGUAAACCCGUUAAAAGUAUGAGAGAUUUUGCUUUUAUGUACGAUAAUGAAAAGUUAAAUUUCAAAAUUAUACGUCAAAAGAAAGAAUUGAAUAUUGAAGUUCCAACAGUGACGACAUUAGAAACUUCAAAUGUUGUUUAUUGGUCAGGUGCAUUAAUACAAAAGCCUCAUCUAGGAGUUAGACAAUUAAUGACUAAAAUCCCAUCAGAAGUAUUUGUGACUGAUAAAAGUUCAUGUGGUCCAGCUCAUCAAUAUGGUAUAGUUCCAAUAAGUUUUAUAACCCAUAUAAAUGAUCAAGAUGUAACUAAAUUUGAGAAAUUUGUUGAAAUUAUAAAAGAAAUUCCAGAUAAAUCAUAUGUUAAAUUAAGAUUAGUCUCAUUUGAUAAUAUUCCUGCUGCUAUAUCCUUAAAGACUGAUUAUCAUUAUUUUCCAACGACUGAAUUAAUUAGAAAUGAAAAUACAGGAAAAUGGGACACAAUUAAACAAGAAAAAUUGAAUUGA